AUUUAGAAAGAUCAAGUCGGAAAACAUGUGAUUUUUGUUCUAAUUGUUAUGGAGAGAAUAAUAAAUCUGUUAACCAAAUAGUAGCUCGUGUUAAGGUAAAUGGUAAAUAUGUUGCAGAUGAUGUAGUGUGUGAAAAUUGUAAAGAGAAAUUUGAGAAUGAUGAAUUGGAAAAGUGUGAGAGAUGUAGUAGAUUACAAACUAAACAUUAUAUUGAUGUUUAUGGUGAUAAGUAUGUUUGUUUUUGUAUUAGAUAUGAAGAAGACAUGGAAGAAGAGAAACUCCCUCUUUUGCCUAGUGAGGAAAUAAGUCAUUAG